AUGGCGCCCGUCGACGAAGGGCAAAUCAUAACGUUGAGUUGCGAGGGCGCGACUUGCAAAAUCGCAGUUCAUGGUGCGCACGUGCUAUCCUGGAAGUCUGCAUCCGGGAGGGAAUUGCUUUACAUGUCUGAACUUGCGACUUUCGCCGAGGGGAAAACCGCUCUCCGUGGCGGUAUCCCCAUCUGCUGGCCUGCCUUCGCCGGCAAGAAUCCGAAGAUCGGAAAACACGGCUUUGUGCGCACCGCAACGGAUUGGGAAGUCGUUCCCGUAGCCGGUGGAAAAACCGAGGCCGACAAAGACGCGUCUCUUGCGCAAUUAAAGUACACGACGACGUUUAACCGAUGCUUUGUAAACGGCACCGACAAGACCGAUGUGACUGCUGAGAACAAGGUCACCCUUUUGAUCACGUUCCUCCUGACCAAAAACACACUGGGGCUGCACCUUGCGGUGGAGAAUGCGGCACCGGAACCGCUGCCCUUUUCCGGCUGUCUGCACACCUACUUCGCGAAGGACGAGGCGAAAACUGACGUCGAAGUUUCCGGGUUCAAGUGCUUCAAGAGCACCCGGGAACUGGGAAAGCAAUGGGAAAACGAGGACGACGUCGUGAAAGUGGACGGCAAGCAGGAGGUGGAGCGCAUGUUUUUUGUUCCGAAAGCAGAAAAAGACGUCGCAGACAUGCAAGACUCGGCCGCCGCCCUCGACCCCAAGAGCUUGCUGGAGGACAAGACGACGAUUCAAACGCACGCGAACCCGUGCGUGAUGCGGUUUGAACCCUUUUCGACGCCUGAAGUGCUCACGUAUCAAAUGUAAAAAUGUCUGGGUCUGGAAGAUUGCCAGGUUUGUCAUGCACAUUUUGCAUGACUCGUGAUGUCUGUGAUGCAUGCCCUAGCAUCACAGAUUUUGUGAGGGCUUCCUGAUGCCUAUACCGCAUGGCAAAUACUCUUUCCGUGGAGCAAAACUUGGACUCUCUUCGCUGCUCAUGCAAUACAGAUUUUUUUAGAAUCCAAAACCAGCAUGACAAGUUGGAUUCUUCCAGACCCAGACAUUUUUACAGUUGAUAUCACGCUCUACACGUCGAAAUCCAUUCCAGACUCGGUCGUGUGUAUCAUUUGUAAAAACGUUCCCACACCAUAGUUGUCAUGCAAAUCUGCAUGCUUAAAAUGUUUCUCAUGCGGAGCCCCAUGAGAAGCAUUUUAUAGUCGUGUUUUGCAAUUUGCCAUGCUCCAAUCAGCAUGGUAUGCUAGAUCUGUGAUGCUCCUGAGCUAGCUCAAACAGCACUACAAUACGAGUCCAAAUUUGUCAUGCAAAACAGCCAAAACUUGUGGAUUUGUCUAGCCGAUUCCCCAUCUUGACUAUGGUGUGGGUACGUUUUUACUCAGGAUAGUGUGGAACAUUGGUUCUUCCGCUCCGGACAAAAUCCCGAAGGAUAUGGCAGAAAAGGACGAACUGCGGUACCUGUGCGUGGAGCCCGGUUUGGUCGAACAGGAUGCAGUCGUACCUGCGCAGGGGUCCUGGACCGGGUGGCACGUUAUGGAGCUGAGUGAGUGA